UGUCCGACUAUGAACGAACUCUUGAAUAAAACUCACAUAACCUUAACCUGAUUCAACUGAUUGUAUCAAAAAUUAAAUAUUCAAUUUGAUGACUUUCUGUUAGUGAGAUGUCAACGCCUCGCCCCUUUAAUAAGCAGUCGCCGCUACAUUAUACUCUUCUAGAGGCAUAAAUAACGCGCAUAAUGUGACAGAUAUAUUUGUUGCAACCGUAUUUAGGUGUGUUAACCAGCGAUUCUGCAACAUGAAACCCUCAAUGGUUAUUGUUUAUGUUAUCGCUGCGGCGAUCAUCGUCGGGGGCGAGAUCAGGAUCCGCGGCAAAGUGAGAAAAAGGAACACAACGCACAGAAGGCACAGGGAGAUCCUACCGCCCUGCAGCUUUAAUGAGACGAUAAUCGAGGAUGAAUGGUCGCUGAUGGAGGCGAUAGGGAAAUCCAAGUAUAUUUUUACGGGUAAAGUUCUAAAUGUGAGGAAGUUAAAGGCAGUGACUGAGGAUCGGAAGAGAUCUAAUUUGUACAGAGUGUAUUUCCGGAGAGUGUUGAAGGGGGACGCGAAUGAGUUGGGGAUGUUUAUGAAGCUGGAGGGAAGUGGGGAGAUGCUGAGCGGCGCGACGUUGGUGGCGGAGCGGCCACGUGCGCGGGAGUGGUGUGCGCCGGCGCCGCGUCCGCGCCUCUCCGCGAUUUUCCUCAGCGACGGAGUUUUCACCGACGCCGUGCGAGGGCCCACCCCGCGGCUGCGGCUGGUCACCGAUCCAGUGCCGCUCACUUUGUAUCAUCUGGACAGGAUAAAUGCUGCCGUAAAAGGUAUGGUAGUGUCUCCUUCAACCAGAAACGAGGUACAGUUUUUUUAG